AUGACAGAAUUGACCAAGAAAGAACUCUCUACACUUGAUUCCAAUGUAAUAACUUACAAAUCUGUUGGCAAAGCGUUCUUUCGCGCAGACUUGCCGUUGCUGAUGAAUGAUAUGGAUAAACAAGUAGAAAAGGUUACAUCAGAGAUUGAAGUAUUAGAUAAAAAGAAAAAGUACCUAGAGAGGCACAUUAAUGAGGCACAAACAGGAUUAAAAGAAGUCCUUGGACGACAGUAA